AUGCAAUACAUGCCUAAAGUGUCGAGGCUGAUGAGGGAGAAGGGUACCGAGUUUCGCGGAGGUCAUCUGAUGAUAUUUCUGUGGCUUAUUGAUAUGAAUGUGAAUUUUCAGUAUUUUUUAAGCUUUGUGUCGACUCCGAUUUGUUGUCCGAGUAGAUCGAGUUUACUUACUGGGAUGUACGUGCAUAAUCACAAUGUUCAUACUAAU